AUGGUUUUGUCAUUUUUCCAGUUGUUUUUUUUUUGAUUAAUAGGACUUCAGUCGCAGUACGCUGAAUAUGAUAAGAUGUUCGGAACGGACAAGAUCGACGAAGGCUACAAUGCCUUGAAAAAGGUUUUCCAAGCCGAAUGUUUGGCGAUGUUUAAAAAGUUCAGAAAGUGGGCGGCGGCGAGAAAAAUCCCGAGAUUUUGUGGCGGCUGGCGCAGUUCUGCUACGAACGCGCUCUCCGGUUGCCUUCCAAGUCUCGCAAAGACCUCACUGUCGAAGGUUCUCAGACCAGCAGAACAUUCUUCGAACAUUUUUGGCGUUUGAGGCAGAGACUAUGCUUUGGAGGGACAUAAGAUGGAUGAAAAGAACUAUCAAGCGCUCAAAUGGGCGGCGGUUCUGUCAGGACAGGCGACAGAGUACAUGCCAACUAAAGAGAAAAUCGGGUUUGUAUAUUUCAUUUAUAGCUGGUUUGACAUGACCAUUCCGACAAGAAAGACCUUUCACGAUAUUCAAUGAGAAAAUUGAUUGAUUAUCGAUUUUUCUGCGUUUUAUUUAUCGAUACUACUAAAAUUUUCAAUUCCUUCCGUUCAGCCUAAGUAAAAGAAAUAAAAUCACAGAGCCAGCGCUGAGUUCAAAACUCUCCUCGACCUGGCGAUCCAAAGUCAACCCCAAGGAUCGAACUACGCUUCAUUUGCGCGGCCGCUACACCUACGCCGUGGCCAAUUUAUCCUGGAUGGAGAGAAAAGUGCCGUUUUUGACUUAAUUGUACAUGAUUUCCAUUUUCCUUCAAACGAAAAUGUCGUAUUCGUUCCUUCAAUCAAAAUGUCAAUCAAAAUUUUUUAUUUCUCACACACAAGUACUAAAUUUCAUUCACACAAGUACUAAACUUCAUUCACAAUUUCGCGUUCUUCUCAAGUUGUCAGAGAUUUUUCGCAGGUUGCCUCGGCGAUGUACUCGACGGUCCCGAAGGCUUCUUUCGAAGACGCCUUGGCCGACUUCAUCGCCGCCUACACUUUGCUGCCAGAUUGGAUCGAAAACGAUCUUUUCUUAGGCAAAUGUUAUCUCGCCUUGAAAGACAAGGUUUUCAGCCUCUUCUUUUGGGUUUAUUUAUUCUUUUUUUCAGGCCAAUGCCAAAAGGUUUUUCACCGAGGCCACCAAAUUGAAACCUUUAAACGACCACGAAUCCGAUCUGAUCGCCGAGGCGAAUCAGCUGCUCAGCAAGUGUUAA